CUUUUUAUUGGAGCCUGGCUAUAAAAGAAUGUGCAGACUUUGUUAUUUAUAAGAGAUAAUAGUUAUAUGCGUGAGGUUAAAAAUUUAUCACAAAGAUUAUAAAGUUAGAUAUACGCUUAUGGUUCACUAACAGAUCCUUCACUCAAAACAGCGAAUCGUAAUUGUUUUUUUUUCUAAGUUUCGUUGAUCAUUAUUAUCACAAUGUGACAAGUUUGCACUAAUUGUAAGAUAUCUUAUACACAUAAUGGUAAAUCUAAUAAUACCAAUUAUUGGAUGUAUUAGCUGUAUAAAGCAUUCUGAUUCUUGCUGUUUAUUAUCACAAAUAAAGUUAAUGGUUUCUUAAGGUUAAAAACUAAAUCGUUACGAAUGUCGUAUUGCAAAAGUAACUAGGCCGAUUCUUUCUUGCUUAAAGGAUUUUUUUUUUCUGUGAUACUGUUGUGUCAGUUCUGUCGCCACACUUAAAUUCAUAAAAGCCUGCUUCCUACUUUCAUAUGCAUGAAUGAUAGCUUAGUGUCACACAUUUGUGAAUUCACAGCUGUUCUUGUUCUCAAUUACCAGAUGAUGUUAUUGCGGUUGUAGAUGAACCGUUUCUUUUUUGCAUAGUCACGAUACCGAUUACUGGGUCAUCGGAUAUAUUAUACGUGCUAUAUUCAAUUACUGAAUCCAUUUUGGUUUUCACAUUGAAUAGCAUUUAUGAAAAAGAUAUUCUUAUUUGUUGACGUUAAGUAAGCCUCACACAUAAAAUGUAACAACAAAAGCAUCAGUAAAAACUAAACAUAAACCGUUGAAUUUCCUUUGUCGCAAUAAUGAUAUACAAACGUUUAUUUAGUUGGCUUAUGUAUUUAUCGUCAUAAGCUUAACACCACAAAAGCUGUUUUAAAAUAUCGGGUGGUUUAAAUUAUUUCUUAAAUUCCACUGAACGCAUCGUCUCUUUUCUGCGGUUCUACCCUUUGUUGGAGUCGCUCUACGGCAUCCUAAACGUGCUGUAAAACUUGAAAAUUUCAACGUAAACUUCGCAAAGACUAACCUUUUACGUUUACUAUAAAGAUACGAUAUUUAAAGACAACAGUUUGUCAACAGUCUGUUACAGAAAUCAAUGUCUUCCUCUCAUAAACGAUACACAAAUAAUGCAAAAUCAAGAAAUAAAACACCGGGCUCGCCGCAGCAGCCAAAAUCUUACAAAACAAAUAUUCUAAAUUCUUCAAUAAAGCAAGCAAGGAUUAUCGAAAUGCGUCGCGAGCUUGCUAGUCUUAAGUUUAAAGUACAAUGUUUUGAGGAGAAGCUAGAAAAACUCGCGGACUUGGAUACUCAAAAGGCAACAUCUGGACAUGAUCUGGAACAAUUUCGAUUUAAUGUGGGAAAACCACAAAAUUUACACAGGCAACUACGAAAUUACGGUUUCAGGAUUAGCAAUGUGAUACCUCUUUCGCUUAAGCCUAAGCCCUUCGUACCAGGAAAUCGUUUUCUCGAAUAUCGUGAAAUUAUUGAUCAUUUAGCUCAGAAAGUUCCAAAUGUUAUGAAUUGUGAACUUCGAAAAAUUGCCUAUUAUGUACACCUGCUUCCUUUUGAGUGCACCGAUCUUUGUCCAUCGAUUUUUCAGACCGUGGUAACGAAUCCCGCUUUUCAUAAUUUCGUUAAGAUCAUUGAAGAGCAUAACUCUUCUUCACGUUGGUUUGAACUCGUUCAAGCACUUAAAAGUGGUAACCCCAAACAUGCAAAAGAUAAGAUAUUUGGUUUUGUCAAAAGUUGUUCUAGGGACGACCUUAUUAAAUUUGCUGUCUCCGGGUACUUUCCUGCAGAGAACAUUAAUAUUGCUUACUCGACAGCCCCUAGUGGCGGAUUUGCAAAAUUCGUAAAUGCACUAUGCAACAGCGUCUCAGUUGAUAAUGAUUAUACGCAACCGUUGCUAGAUAUCUCUAAAUGCCAUGAUCACACUAAAUCCGCAUGGAACAGUUCCACAAGUGGAUUAACUCAGGACGAAGAUGUUGAAACUAAUUCACAAAAUGUGAAUACCCUCCAAGAUAAGUCUAGGUCAAGAAUAGGAUUAAAGGAUCAGAAUUCAACAAAUUCUCUAGAAGUGAAGUACUCAAAUUCAAUAAGUAACGACAAAAACGAUUGUAAAAAUGAACACACGUUGCUCAAUGAAGGGAGCGAUGAAAAUGAUCAUGAGGAUGAUGAGAAUGAUGAGAAUGAUGAUUGGGAUUCUCAAGAGAGUGACCUGAAUAGGUAUCAGCAAGAGUUUAUAUCCCGAACACUUGAAAUGCACAACCUUCUCUUCACUUAUGAAAAGGGCAAAAAAUACUCAACCUUUCUUCAAUUUCUUCCCUCUGAAGAAUCGUAUCCUGCUCUGAUUGACAAAGAUGGUGCAGAUAAUGUCAUAACAGUUAAAAUCCAGAAGGCCCUUAACUUGGUACUGAAUACCUUAGAUCAUGAAGUGCUUUACGUUUAUGUCAAUGGAAAGAAAAGAAAGGUUAUUGGUACAACGAAUGCAAAGGUUGAAUGGUUGGAUGAGACGUUCAUUCUUAAGUUCUCAGUUAUUAAUGAUGAUAACUGCCAACCGCCGAUUUUGCUUGGUUCCAAAUUUGCUCGAGACAUCGACCUGCAUUCUUAUAUUGCAGGGUCUGUUAUUUUUCCUAAUCCUCUUGAUGAUUGAUGCUUUAAAUUACUCCGUUGUCUACUUUUAUCAAUUCAUUUUUACAACUCCUUACCCUUAAAUUUAUAAGUAAGUUCUGAUUUUUCCAAUAGAGGUUAUGCUACAGAUUACUUUUCAUCAAGACAUAAUAGUCGUUCUUUCGUUCUUUUGGUAUUAUCUUAUUUUGGAUAUCGUACUCGCUCAUCUUCCAUUUCAACUUUAAGCCUUUCUGAACAUUAUUUUAAUGCCAAUGGUGGAAGACUGAGCUUUGGUUUGUAUAAAUGCAAAUGAAUUAAUCUCUUGGGCUGAAUGUUUAUUGGUAACAGAUGAUGUCGUUAACUGUUCUUCACAUCCGAGAAUAAACGUAAGUCGUAGUAUAUUACUUUUGGAACAGCAAUUUUAACUUUCUGUAAUGAGUAGAAGUCCAAUUUAUUUUUGUUAACCUUAAAGAUCGUCGUUGGGUUUUUAAAUGUUGACAGGUGCAAUCUUUUUCAUGUUAUGUACACACCAAGUGUGAUUUUGAAAAAAAGUAAUUAUUU